UAUUUUCGAUACAUUGUUUACGUAAAUGUCAAAAUGUAUUGAAAACAAGUGCUGUGCUUUGGUGCUUAUCAAGUUAUCGAGUGUUACGCCGUAAAAUUUGGCGGAAAAGGCCCAACACAUUUCUCAUAAAAUCAUCGAAUAUUGUGAACGGAUCGGGAGGAAAAUAUCUUCUUGCAGCAAAGACUCAACCGAGAAAUGGCUUACAGAUUAGUAAAAUUGUUGACAAAUUUGCGAUUUUCGUCUGAGGCUAGCAAUGCAAUCCAACGUUUCAAUUCUUGUCAUUCCCUAGUCAAUGUUCCAGCAACUCAAUGUACUGCGAUAGACAACGGUCGACGAGUAGCUGCCAAAGAUUCGAAUGCACAGACUGGUACUGUUGGUCAUUACACUGACACUGGCUCGAGGUAUGAAGAUGCUUCAAACAAUGGCGUUGCCCACAUUUCGGAAAAUAUGGCAUCUCAAGGAAGAUCCAAACGCUCGCCAACUGACUUAAAAGGGGAUGUAGUUCUGAACGCUAGUUACACUUCUCGGGAUCCGACAUUUAGAACAUCAACAUUUCAUAGGGCUUAUUGCAACAGUAAAUCAUCGGUGCCAUCAUUCAUCAAUAUGCCAAUUCAAAAUAAUUCACCGAAAUUGAAUUCAAUUUCCCGUCAUAUGUCAUCUUACACAUCAUUAACGUCCGUUAAAAUCGAACAGCUGCAAGAGAUCGACGGUGUGAAUAUUGAUGACGUUAUUAGAAACGAAAUCGAGAACAUAAACGAAAUGAUUAAGGUGCGAGAGUUGCGGAUGUCGGUGAUAAAUGAAAUUUAUGAGUCUCUGUGCAAGUUAAUCUCGUUACUUGGUGUGCCUACAAUCAAUACGAAAGAAAGUGAUAAGAACUUUUUCGUGGGCUCCGUACUAUUUAGCAUCGCGGCAUUCAUUCGAAAAGAAUACCAAUACGAUUUGUCUGUGCAAAGCGAAGCACCACUCAAAGAUUUCAAUAUUCACAUGAGGGGGCGCAUGGAUUUCGUGGUGACGGAUGGUAAGCGAAAACUAGUCGUAAUCGAAUGUAAGCGACACAAUGCCGAUUUUGGACUGGUACAGUGCAUCCUUGCACUGAAACACAUCUACGAUACGAACAAUGAUGGCGGUGAUACGUUCGGAUUUACAACGAAUGGCCUAGAGUGGAGAUUUGUGAAAUAUAACGGUGACAGUGAACCGAAAGUGAAACUGUUCGAGAAACAGGUUCUCAUCACAACGUACAUGCAUCUGCCCGUAAGGAAGGAACGCUGGAUGGAGCACAACACUCUCAUUUUACAUAUCAUUUUUGCGGCGAUUUUAUCGGCUUUAAAUCCAACGUCAAUCAAAUUGACGGAGGAUACAGUUACAGUGACAUCGUCACCAUAAACGUUUUGUGUGUGAUUAGAGUGUAGAAUGUGUAUUGUCUUUGGAUUUCGUUGUCGAAAUCGUUUUAUGUUCUUUGGAAAUAAAUAUCGAAAGUUGCGU